CUGCUUUCACUUCAGAAAGACCGGCGGCACAUCGCCAUUGGAUCCUACAUACUACGCCUGCCACCAUGAGUACCGCUUCUGACAAUCUCUUUGCUUUCCUACUCUCCGUCGCAUGAACUGCACCACCUGCUUAUAUCCAAUCCCAUCAAGACUAUGUCUUCUCCCAGUCAACCGCGCACCGUCAUCGACCCGCUAUCGGAUGGCGACACGAGUGAGAUGCAAGCGACCGACAUCGUCUCCCAGCCCGAGGACAUCGAUGCCGGUAAUGAUACGAACAAGGGAGAACCAGACCUCGAGGAUGACGAGGCUGCUCGUCUAGCUGCGCUCGGCGCCGGUGUGCGCGAUCAAGCAGACCUGGAAAGGGAUAUUGGCCAACAAGCCGACCAGGCUCUCGCCGAGCAGACAUUGGAGAGGGAGCAGAAACGGCUAGACAAGACCCAGAAGGAGAAGACUCGCAUGCAAGUAGCGUUAAAAUUAGCUGAAAAGAAUCUUGCUAAACCAGCAGGUUCUGCUACGAAAAACAAGUAUAGAGCAGAGAUUGAGCACUAUAAAGCACUAAUCGCCAACCUGGAUAAUGACCUUGCACAGAUCCAGAAUCGUAUACGCGAACAGCUGAAUGAGGAACAGGAUGGGGAGACCUUGCUCGAGGAUACCAAUAACAAGCGCAUGCCCGGUGAGAGUCAACGCGAAUUCCUCAUCCGAACUGGAAAGAUCACGCCCUUCUCUAAGCUGGGCCAAAGACUGCUGCGAACCUCGUCCAGCCUGGGUGAAGUUCUGCUGAAUGCCGAAGAGGAGGGUCAGAUUGAGGAAGAAGAGGAGGAGGCGGAAGCCGAGAUUCUGGAACAAUCACAGUCUGGGCCCAAGUCUCAUCGAAAUCUGCUAGCUCCUGGAUUCGAGCAGGAUGACAAUAGUGCAGCGGCGAGCACAGCCGAGGACACUGAAGACGAUGCUGCAUUGGCUCGUAGACUACAGGAUGAGGAAGAUGCAAGGGAGCGGCCUGCGAAGAGGAGACGGUUACAAUCAAGGAGGCAGAUGCGAGGCCCAUCUCCAGAUGUGGCGUCGACAGCAGAUGACUCUGACGCGUUCGUGCCAGACGUGAACGAGGACGGACUGGCAGCAGUAGGCCAAUCGGCAGAUGAAGAAGAGCCGCAGGAUGAGGCAGCCGAGGGCGACUUUCCUCUUGACACUCCCGGAGUCAAGCGGAAAGGAAAGGGCAAGCGGAAGGCGGUCCGCGUCGUGGAUGGGCAAGAAGACUUUGCAGGAGUGGACGACGGUAAUGAGGAAGUGUAUCAAGCACGGUUGCAGAGCUGGACUCAGCGAAGGAGUGCUGCGAGACGACGGCACAAGAAACCGACUGGCGAUGGCUCGGAAGAGAAUGAUACCACCGUCGAUGCCGAUGUUGUGAAGGCGGAGGGCGAGGUGACAUCGCCACUGGACGAGAUCGAAGAGACCCGACCUGAGUGGGAGAUGCCUCAUCCGACUCGGCCUGAUGCUGAGUUUGACGGCGGCUUUCGCGUGCCCGGCGACGUGUACCCCUCGCUCUUCGACUACCAAAAAACCGGAGUACAAUGGUUGUGGGAGCUGUACUCGCAACAGGUUGGUGGCAUUGUGGGAGAUGAAAUGGGACUAGGGAAGACUUGCCAAGUUAUCUCCUUCCUAGCCGGGCUGCAUUACUCGGGCAAGAUCACGAAACCCAUCAUCGUGCUCUGCCCGGCGACCUUGCUCAAGCAAUGGGUGGAUGAGUUUCACCGUUGGUGGCCCCCGCUCCGUGUCACCAUCCUGCAUUCUUCGGGGAGCGGCAUGCUUGAUGUCAAGCGAGAAGCACGCUUCGAGGACGACCUGGACGACGAUCGGCGCAAGAAGUCGAGAGGCCGGCCGAACCCAUCGGUCAGGAAUGUAAUUGAUCGAGUGGUCCAAGAUGGGCAUGUGCUUGUGACAACAUAUGCCGGACUCGUGAACUACGCGGAUCAGUUACUGCCGGUGAAUUGGGAGUACUGUGUCCUUGACGAAGGUCACAAGAUCCGCAACCCGAACGCAGAAAUCACCAUCUUCUGCAAAGAGAUUAUGACACAUAAUCGAGUCAUUCUUUCGGGCACGCCGAUGCAGAAUAACCUUGAAGAGCUCUGGACGCUAUUCGACUUCGUAUUUCCCAUGCGUCUGGGAACACUGGUCAACUUCAAGAACCAGUUUGCUAUACCAAUCAAGCAAGGAGGAUAUGCCAAUGCUUCAAAUUUACAGGUGGAGACAGCCAUGAAAUGUGCGGAGACGUUGAAAGACGCAAUAUCGCCGUAUCUUCUGCAGAGAUUCAAAGCGGAUGUUGCCACCGAUCUGCCGAAGAAGAUUGAGCGCGUUCUGUUCUGCAAAUUGACAAAGUUACAGCGCGAUGCAUACCAGUGGUUCUUGGACUCAGAAGACAUGAAGUCGAUCAUGAAUGGGAAGCGCCAGGCGCUGUAUGGCAUCGACAUCUUGCGCAAGAUCUGCAACCACCCCGAUCUUGUCGAGCACAAGACUUUAUCGAAAAAAGCAGGGUACGAAUAUGGGAUCGGGACCAAGUCGGGCAAGAUGCAAGUGGUGAAAGAACUGCUGAAGAUAUGGAAGGACAAGGGGCACAAAACACUGCUCUUCGCGCAACACCGCAUCAUGCUGGACAUCCUCGAACGCUUCAUUGGAAGCAUGUCUGGCAUAAACUAUCGACGCAUGGAUGGCACUACUGAUAUUAAGCAUCGGCAGGACUUGGUGAAUGAGUUCAAUCACGAUCCUGAUCUGCACGUCUUUCUCCUCACGACCAAGGUCGGCGGGCUCGGUGUGAAUCUGACGGGUGCGAAUCGCAUCAUCAUCUAUGAUCCCGACUGGAAUCCAUCUACAGACGUACAAGCUCGUGAAAGGGCCUGGAGACUUGGCCAAAAGCGAGAAGUCGAAAUUUAUCGUCUCAUGACUGCAGGCACGAUUGAGGAGAAGAUCUACCAUCGCCAGCUUUUUAAACUCUUCCUUACCAACAAGAUUUUGCGUGAUCCCAAGCAGCGUCAAAACUUCCAGCUCAAGGAUUUGCACGAUCUCUUCACCCUUGGCGAAUCCGUAGAUGGCCAAACAGAGACCGGCACCAUCUUCAAAGGCACAGAAGUCAAGCUGAAGCGCGGUAACAGCCUGCCCACUCCGCCAGAUGAAGACGAGAAGCAGAAGGAGACGGAGCGCGUCGCCAUCAACGAUUUUGCAGGUGUCUCUCGACAGGAGGAUUUCCGAGGCGACAAGGACGAACACAACAAGAACAACAAGUCCGAAGGAGCGGACCAAUCUUCCUCUGAUCGUGUUCUCUCCGGCAUCUUCGCCCGCGCCGGAGUUCAAGGCGCGCAAGACCACGAAGCUAUUGUCAGCGGCCGCAGAGCUCCCCGUGCUGAUCCUGAAAUGAUCAGAAAAGAAGCCAAGAAGAUCGCAGACGAAGCCGCACGAGAACUCAAACGCGCUGCUGAAAUUGCGAGAAGUCUUCCUGCCGGCAUACCAACGUGGACUGGACAAGUAGGCACUGCUGGUCGACCUGACUCACCUCCUCCCAGACGCGGCGGCGGUAGCAUGCGAGGUGGCAUGUCAUCUCGAGGUCGCGGCGGACCUUCUUCGUCCUCCGUCCUCGCCAAUCUCCAACAUCGACAGGCCAACGCUUCCAACACCACUAUGGCGACGACAUCCUCACGCGAUGGUAAUAUAGGUACUGCUACGCGAGGUGGGCGGCGUGCUGCGAAUGACGAUCGGAAUCUACCUCAAGGUCUCGAUUUCAUGACACUCAUUCGGGACUACAUUUCAUCGCAUGGUGGAGCAGUCUACUCGCAAAUGUUGGUGGACCAUUUCAAUCGGUAUUGUAAUAACAGUCCGAAAAGGACGGCCGAGUUUUCCGAAAUGUUGAAGAAGAUUGCUGUCAUGGAGAAGGGUGGAAGGAUGAGAGCGAAAUGGGUUCUCAGAGAGGAGUAUAAGUAGAUUAUGAGGGGAAAGGGAGUCAACAUUGCAAGGCAACAGUCGUAGUUGUGAUGAUAACUAGACGAUUCGAC